UUCCUUUUCCUUCUUGUUCUUUGCCUUUUCUAGACCCGAGCCAUGAACGAGCUGGAGGGAAUCUGCGUUACUUUGAACAGUUGCUGGAGGAAGAAAGAGGAAAAAUGGCAUCAAAUCAGACAGAAGCUGGACAAGCGCCCCAGGACAGCAUCUACGAGAGGCCCGCGGACUACCUGCCCGAGAGGGACGUCUACGAGAGCCUCUGUCGUGGGGAGGGCGUCAAACUGACACCCAAGAGGCAGAAGAGGCUUUUCUGUAGGUACCACGAUGGCAACGGGACGCCACAGCUGCUCAUCGCCCCCUUCAAAGAGGAGGACGAGUGGGACAGCCCGCACAUCGUCAGGUACUACGACGUCAUGUCUGACGAGGAAAUCCAGAGGAUCAAGGAGAUCGCAAAACCCAAAGUAGGUGUCUGCAGGUCCUUCUUGGGUCCUGGUACCGUGGGGCCGUUUGUCGCUUAGCCCGCUGGCCUUGGCCAGCGUCCGGCAUGAGCCCG